AGCUCAUAUUAAGCUGAUCAUCCGAACCGUCUAUAGUUUUUGACUAUCUAAUUUCAUAAAAAGGAUCCUUUUUUAAACAUACUAUGCCUAAGUUCCAUAACAAUAAAUGAGGUUUAUCGUGGCAGUAUACGAUCGAUGUUGUUCUAUAGUAUAAUUUUGUUAUCUUCAGAUAAGUUGUGGGCAGGGUACGUGUUUAGUGAGGCACCUUGGGACGACAGUGACUACGUAAUGGAUGAAUAUCAUAGAGAUUGGAAAGAAGGUGCUACCAGAAAAAUUGUUAAUAAUGUUGCGAAGCCUGAAGCAAGGAUUGCACGUGAAGGAAUGGGAAAUGUUUGGAGCGGUAUUUUGGGAGCGAUGUUGGGUGCCGGAACUGUUCUUAUAAUUGCCGUUUUGCUGUUCAUAUUUCGACGCCCGAAAAAACUUGAGAAGCCAUCGCUGGCGCCUAUGGAAGUUAGUCCAAAUGAAAUGCUGAUACCAAAGGAGCACUGUCGCAUUCAACCGUUAAGUGAAACUCGAACUGCUACGUCACUUCCGCACGCGAGGCUCGCCCGCACGCCCUCUAUUUCGUCACAGAGUAGUCUGGAUAGCGGCACCUCUAGGGCUACUAGUCACCGUGGUUCUUCACCAGCAAUUCGUACAUUUGCUCCUGAUGGGCGAACCCUUGAGGCUGGUAUAAGCAUGCCAAGGUCGCCGUCGCCUCUCAGAGCGGCGUCUCUUGAUGUUCGAGCCGCCCCUUUGGCCCACGGUUCACUCGCUUCCCUGGCCGAUUCCCCAGCACCACCGAGCCCCAGACAUAUUGUUCCACCCAGAUGUUUGUCACCACUGCUUAUGCCGCCCAGAAGAAUAGACAGAAGCAACUCCUUGGUGGAAAGCAGCAGUGGAUCCGGGCCACUUAGCCCAGGCGGUGGGGCAACUAUCAGUUCCCUUGGGGCCCUUCAACCAGACCUUUACACGAAAAGAGAGGCCCCAUUGGUAAUAGAAUUGGAAGGGCCUGGACCAUCACUCGGGAGAAUCCAUUUGCGAUUGAAAUACGACUUCGAUCGAUCUGACUUGGAAGUUCAUCUCAUUGAAGCUCAUGAUUUGGCGGGCUAUGAAGCAGGAGGUUUCAACGAUCCCUAUGUGCGUGUGAGUCUUAUACCGGAAGUUGACACCCGGGUACGCCAGACCCCAGUACACAGGAAUGAGGCCAACCCGUUCUUUGAUCAGCACUUCAAGUUCCCCGUAUCACAUGAUGACCUCAGUGACAAGACUCUUCUACUUCAAGUUUUUGAUUAUGAUAGAUUUUCCCGUAACGAAGUGAUGGGUUCAGCAAAAAUACCUUUGGCAAAAGUGGAAGUGGCAGGUGGAGCCGAAGUCUGGGCUGAACUUUCCCGAGAAAGAAGACCGCCCGAAGAGUUGCAAGAACUAUUGUUAUCCUUAUCUUACUUGCCUUCUGCUGAACGACUGACCGUCGUCGUAUUGAAGGCUCGCAAUCUUCUGCCUCCGCAGGAAGGGAAAGAUGCUUUGGAUGUUUACGUAAAGGUCUACCUCUUGGUGAAUGGAAAGAGAGUGAAGAAGAAGAAGACGAAUAGAAAAGAGAUAAAUAAUCCUGUAUGGAACGAGGCGCUUUCUUUCAGCCUAUCUUCUGCCAACCUACAGGAAGCCUCAGUUGAAAUAUGUGUGGUAACUGGUGGCAGUAACAACUUAGUUGUUGGCUGGUGCUGCGUGGGCGCAGCUGAGCCAGCCGCUGAAGGCCGUCACUGGGCACAGAUGGCGCAAGAGACCCGCAAAGCUGUCGCUAUGUGGCAUACGCUCAGAUAAAUAACUCGAUAGUGUUAAUGUGACCUCAAUUUGGGAAAUUGUCUUGAAAAAUACACAUUUUUUUGUUUUGUUUGUAUAUAUCCAUACAACAAAAUGUUAGUAUCGACCAAAACUUAUAUAAAGUGCCAAUGAUAUAAAGCUGGUUUCCAGGAGAAAUUCCAAAUUUAACAGAUUAUAGAAUUAUAAAUUAACCAUAGAUUCGUAACAAGAGUUUAUUUCUAUUAUCUGUAUUUUUUGGCGAGGUCACACACACGCGAAGACUAUGUAAAGACGUUAUAUCGUCGUAGUAAAGUGUUUGAAGAAUAUUGAAUCUUCCUGUAUCGUAAUUACCAGUGUGUAUCUCCUCUUAACUGUGGGCUAUUUAUAAUUAGCUGGUAAAAUUUAAAAAUUAUCUCGAAAAUAUAAACGAGAAUUUAAAUUAUGCGAUGUUAUUUGAGCUUUUGAGACACCAAAUAAAUCUUAUGAAUUUAUAGAGUUUUAUAUGAAAUGUUUAUUGUAUAAAAGCGAAGUUUAAAACCAUUUCAAACCUUUCUAUGCCCACAGUCCUAUCCUGUCACGAUGUGUACCUUAUUGUGUCUAGUCAGUGAUCUUUUAUUUUAAGAUUUCUAUAAAUAUAUCGAAUUUGAUUCCAGAAUACGUAUUUUUGUCUAAAUGUGUAUCAAUGUGAUGGAAUAUUUUACGUGGUAUUUUCAUUUACAAUAUCUGAAUAAAAUAUCCGUUUUUAAAA